AUGUCUACGACACUCAAGAGUCAUAACAUCCCUCUCAGUCUUCCCAAUGGCCUCACAGAAGAACAACUCACUUCAUUUAAACCAUUUACCAAAUGGGUCGACACACUCACAAACUCACUCCGUCUUCAAUCCGAUGAAUCUCACCCCUUCCACAAAGACCCCUACGCUCUCCGCUCAGUCACAAUUCAAUCCUACGAUCUCUUCGGUUCCAAACGCAUCGGUUUCAUAAAACUCACAGCAACAGUCUCCAAUGACUCAGGCGAAACCCUCCCAGCAGCCGCACUCCUCCGCGGUCCCAGCGUAGCAAUGCUCUUCAUGCUCAUCCCCUCCGACGUCCCCCCCUCAUCAUCAGAGCGCUACGUCGUCCUCACAGUACAACCCCGCGUUCCCGCCGGCAGUCUCAGCUUCACCGAACUACCAGCGGGCAUGGUCGACGACGCGGGUAGUUUUGCCGGAGCAGCAGCGCAAGAGAUCAAGGAAGAGCUGGGCGUCACGAUAAAAGAAGAAGAGCUUACGAAUUUAAGUGAACUUGCUACUACUGAGGAUGGUGAAGAUAUUGCGAGGGGUAUGUUUCCCAGUGCUGGGGGUUGUGAUGAGUAUAUUACGAUAUUUAGCUAUGAGAUGAGGAUUGAAAGGGAGAAGAUUAAGGAGUGGAGUGGACGGUUGACGGGGUUGAGGGAGCAUGGGGAGAAGAUUACGUUGAAGGUUGUUCCGAUGAAGGAUGCUUGGAGGGAGGGGGCGAGGGAUGCGAAGUGUUUGGCUGCUUUGGCUCUUUGGAGGGGGCUGAAGGAGGAGGGGAAGUUGUAG